GGAGCUCUUACCCUCCUUAUAAACCCCACUAAAUCUGGCGCUCGGUACGUACACGAACCAGUCCCAGUGUCCAUUGAAUUUAUUUUAUUUUCAUAUCAAAAUUCUUAACUAUCUAACUUUCGCUGUAACUUUACAACAACUCAAUUGGGAUCUGAACGAAUUGGGGAUACUAGAGCAAACUAAAAAUGAAAAUCAAUGAAAAUACGGGGUGCGAAGUUGCAUCAUCAUCUCUUUGCACUGGGUAUGAAGAUUAAAUGAGAAUGAAAAUACCGUCAUAGGGAGCGCAUAGUCAAACCCCACACUUCAUCUCAAUAUUUCAAAUCAACAAUGGCGUCUAAAAGUGUCAAAGAAAGACGAUUUUUAGCUGCCCCUGAAAUACCGGGCGACGGCGCAGAUACCGGAAAUGAAACCGAUAUACCAGAAGAUGGAAGACGAAAGCGCAUCAAAAGAAACGCGAAUGUCUAUGACGCGGUGGCAGGUCGUGUAACCACUACUCACCCUUUAGAUGAGGGCUCCGGAUCCGACUUACCCUCUCAUCAUAUCCGGACCCCGCGUCAUUACCGUCGUGACCCUACUCUCGCUCCAGAAGAAGUCUUGUUCCGCCGUCUCGGUGCGCCCGUUCGCUACGCUGAAAAGGACAUCUACCAAGCCCACGAAGGACUACGCGAUGGUGGCAGAGAUGUACUUCCCGAUAGCGAUAUGCUUAAAGCCAUCCACGCCUAUUCCAGCCACUUCUACGCGGCGCUCGCAACGCGGCAACAGCAGGGCGAAGCUCUCGGCCGAAACAUUAACGAACGCAGCAUGGACGAGACUGCGCUCCUAGCUUUCGGAAUCCUAGUCGAAGAGGCAAGUCGGGAGGUCCUAGGCAAGACAGGCGACCUGGUCUUCACAGAGGGUGUGGAAAUGGAACGAGAUGGAUUACCAGGGGACGAAGCUGAAAAUGUGGAUUCUAUGGCGUAGAUUUGACUAGGAGGCGAGGAGAAAUCGUAAUCUUAACAGGAGCGUAAUAAGUUCUGAAUGCCUGCCCUACUUACCAGCCAAUCUUCGGCCCGAGUGGUGUUUUUUGGUAGGUAUAUACACACAGUAUAGCUUUGCGACGCGGAGUUUGAUAGGAAUUGCCCGAUGCCAAGUUCAUUCAGUCACUUCG